AUGGUCCGGUUUAAAACUAUUUUGCUUAUUGGAGCAGGCGGAAACCUUGGGCCCCACGCCAUCCAAGCAUUGCUCGGCUCUUCGUUUCGAGUCACCAUUCUCUCCCGUCAGGGAUCAACAUCCAAAGUCCCCGAAGGCGUGCCUGUCGUCAGGGUCGAUUACAACAACCCGGACUCGCUUAUAUCUGCCAUGCAAGGCCAGGAUGUCGUGAUCAGUAUGGUUGGUGGUCACGUAGCCGGGGACCAAAACAAGUUUAUUGAUGCUGCCCUCGCUGCCGGAGUGAAGAGAUUCUUCCCUAGCGAGUUCGGGCCAUAUUCGCGAGACCCCAAGUUUGCGGAGCUGAAUCCAGUUGUUUUACCGGCAAAAGCAGGCACAGUCGACUACCUCCGAUCAAAAGAGUCUGAAAUGUCCUGGUCGAGCCUUGUGACUGGUGCAUGGUUUGACUGGUCUAUGAAAGUUGGAUUUUUCGGCUUCAAUCUUGCUUCUAAGUCUGUCACUCUCAUCGAUGAUGGGACUGCGGUAUUCACUACCACUACAUUGUCCACAGUCGGCAAGGCGCUGGCUGCAAUGCUCGAACACCCAGAUGAGACAGAAAACAAGUAUGUUUUCAUUUCAUCCUUCAACGUCACCCAGAAAGAUAUCCUUGGGGUAGUUGAAAAGAUCGACGGCCAGAAGUGGACUGUAAAGCACACGUCAUCCGAGGAAGUCAUCGCAAAUGGUAGGAGGAGGCUCGCAGCCGGCGAUUUCGCAGGGAUCAUGGAUUUGACUAGAGGUGGCGCAUUUGGUAAACCGGGUCUGGGCGAUUCGAGAACGCAUGGGCAGCUUUGGAAUGACCGGAUAGGGCUACUCAAAGAAGAUAUCGAGAAUGCCGUUAGAGAUGCGCUCCAAGGGCCAUGA